CUCCCUCAUCCUCUCCCUCCUCUCUCUGUUACGCGCAGGCAGAUACAGUGGGAGACGUGCUGGCAGCCGCAGCAGCUGGAGAAGUUCCACCAGGGUUUGAGCGCUCCUCGGGAUUUUACUGUGCAGACAUUUUCUGAGCUGAAGAUGCGGGGGGACAGGAGCAGCAUCAGCAUCCUUCUGCUCUCCGUCGGAUUCUUGAAUCUGGCCAACGUGGCGGGGUCCCAGCAAGGGAUUCCUCUCUCAGUUGUGAAGCUUUGGGCCUCUGCAUUUGGUGGGGAAAUUAAAUCCAUCUCUGCAAAAUUUUCUGGAUCCCAGCUCCUGCAAAAGGAGCUGUGGUCCAUCACAGCACCCCGUCCGGGGACCAACUCCAGCUCUGAGAGCAGCCCGUCCAUCAAAGGCAACACCAGGAUUAAUUCCAGAAUUUUGGCUGCUUGUCCUGGAUUGUGGGAGGAAGGUGCAUCUGUCAGAGGAGGUCCUCGCAAAUAUGGAGAAAGUGUUCAAACUGCAUUCAGAAAGAGGCUCAAGGCGCAGAGUCCAGGUCUAUCCUGCCCUGAGAAACGUAAAGAACUUGUAAAGUCAGUCAAAGUGGAGGAGAUCGAUGGUGUGAAACUGGUGAAAAAUCUGGCCGUGAAGAUGGAGGAAAUGUUCCGGAAAAAGGCGGAGGCCACGAGGCGGCUGGUGGAGGCAGCAGAAGAAGCUCACCGACAACACGAGGAAAAUCCCGACCUGCAGUACGAGUACUUCAACGCCGUGCUGAUCAACGAAGUGGAUGAGGAAGGCAACAACGUGGAGCUGGGGGGAGAGUUCAUUCUGGAGCCCAAUGAUCACUUCAACAACCUGUCAGUUAACCUGAGCCACAGUGUGGUGCAGGUGCCCACCAACAUGUACAACAAAGAUCCAGACAUAGUGAAUGGGGUUUACUGGUCCGAGGCCUUGAACAAAGUGUUUGUGGAUAAUUUUGAAACAGAUCCGACUCUUAUUUGGCAGUACUUUGGGAGUGCCAAAGGCUUCUUCAGGCAGUAUCCAGGAGUAAAAUGGCAUCCAGAUGAGCAUGGUGUCAUCGGCUUUGACUGCAGGAAUCGAAAAUGGUACAUCCAGGCAGCUACAUCUCCCAAGGAUGUGGUGAUCCUGGUGGAUGUCAGUGGAAGCAUGAAAGGACUGAGGUUGACCAUCGCCAGGCAGACUGUUUCCUCCAUACUGGACACUCUGGGAGACGAUGACUUCUUUAAUAUAAUAGCAUACAAUCAGGAGAUCCACUAUGUGGAGCCUUGUUUGAAUGGAACUCUGGUUCGGGCUGACAGAACCAACAAAGACCACUUCCGGGAACAUCUGGACAAGCUGUUUGCCAAAGGGAUCGGGCUGCUGGGUGAAGCUCUGUCUGAAGCCUUCACAAUCCUCAAUGACUUCAAUCAGACCGGACGCGGCAGUGUCUGCAGCCAGGCCAUCAUGCUGGUGACUGACGGCGCAACUGAAAUGUACGAUGACGUUUUUGAGAAGUUCAACUGGCCAGAAAGAAAAGUGCGCAUAUUCCCCUACCUGAUUGGACGAGAGUCUGCAUUUGCUGAUAACCUUAAAUGGAUGGCUUGUGCAAACAAAGGAUAUUUUAGUCAGAUUUCCACCCUGGCUGACGUUCAGGAAAAUGUGAUGCGGUAUCUUCAUGUCAUGAGUCGACCGAAAGUCAUCGAUCACGAGCACGACACUGUGUGGACCGAAGCUUAUGUGGACAGUGCUCUUUCUCAGGCUCAUAAGCUGAAAGUCAAAUCCGGUCCAUCUCUGACAACAACUGUGGCCAUGCCAGUCUUCAGUACAAAGAACGAAACGAAGAACCAGGGUAUUCUGCUGGGGGUUGUAGGAACAGACAUUCCUCUGCAGGAGCUGAUGAAGCUCAUCCCAAAACAUAUGUUGGGGAUCCAUGGUUAUGUGUUUGCCAUCACAAAUAAUGGCUAUAUCCUGAUCCACCCCGACCUCCGCCCUUUGUACCAGGGGAGUCAGAAAAGGAGGAAGCCCCACUACAGCAGCGUGGAUCUGUCAGAGGUGGAGUGGGAAGACAAAGAUGACAUUCUGCGGAACGCCAUGGUGAACAGGAGGACAGGGACCUUCUCAAUGGAGACCAAGAAGACUGUGGACAGAGGGAGGCGAGUGCUCAAGAUGCACUACGACUAUUACUACACUGACAUCAAAGGAACUCCAUUCAGUGUUGGUGUAGCUCUCUCAAGAGGUCAUGGGAAGUAUUUUUUCAGAGGAAAUGUAUCCGUUGAUGCAGGGCUUCGUGAUCUGGAGCAGCCAGAUGUUGCCCUUGCAGAUGAAUGGACGUACUGCAACACAGAAGAGGAGCAUGAGCACCGCCACCUGACCCAGAUUCAAGCCAUCAAACUCUUCAUGACAGGCCGCCGACUCAACCUCAAGUGUGACAGAGAGCUGAUCCAGGAGGUUUUAUUUGAUGCCGUGGUCACUGCUCCUCUGGAGGCGUACUGGACCGGACUGGCGCUCAACAAGUCAGAGAACUCAGACAAAGGAGUGGAGAUUACUUUCCUGGGAACCCGCAGUGGUCUGUCGAGAAUCAACCUGUUUAUACCCAGCGAUCAGCUCUCCAAUCAAGAUUUCCUGACAGCAGAGGACAAGGAGGGAGUGUUUAAUGCUGAUCACUUCCCUCUCUGGUACAAGCGAGCGGCGGAGCAGGUCCCGGGCACAUUUGUCUACUCCAUUCCUUUCAGCACAGCUUUAGAAAACAAGAGCGUGGUUUUGGCCAGCACUGCAAUUCAGCUCCAAGACGAUAGAAAAUCCCCAAUAUUUGCUGCUGUGGGGAUCCAGAUGAAGCUGGAGUACUUUCAGAGGAAGUUCUGGACUGCCUGCAGACAGUGUACAGCCCUGGAUGGAAAGUGCAGUAUCAGCUGUGAUAAUGAUGACGUCAAUUGUUACCUAAUUGACAACAACGGCUUCAUUCUUGUUACUGAAGAACAAUCUCAGACAGGGCUGUUCUUUGGAGAGGUGGAGGGGGCCGUCAUGAACAAGCUUCUUCAAAUGGGAUCCUUCAAACGGAUCACUCUGUACGACUACCAGGCCCUUUGCAGAGACUAUUCUGGCAGCAGCGACAGUGCACGCACCUUAUCGGAUCCUUUUUCCGUGGUAAGGUGGCUUCUGACAGAACUAGUUAUUUUCUUGCUGGAGUUCAACUUGUACAGUUGGUGGAACGUUGAUCUCACCGUAAAAGCUCAAAGAUCUCGGGGUAAAACCAUGAUGGUACCGUGUGACACAGAGUACCCUGCUUUCGUCUCUGAACGCACCAUCAAAGAAACGACGGGCAACAUUCAGUGCGACAACUGUGUCAGAUCAUUUGUCAUACAGCAGAUUCCCAGCAGUAACCUCUUUAUGGUUGUUGUGGACAACAAGUGUGACUGCAGCAGCAUUCCUCCUGUGACCAUGGACCCUAUCGAGAUCAUGUACAAUGAGUCACUAAAAUGUGACAGACUGAAGUUCCAGAAAGACAGAAAAAAGCCUGAAUCCUGUCACCCUUUCCAUCCUGAGGAGAAUGCCAUGGAGUGCGGUUCAGCCUCGCGUCUCUCCAGCCCGCUGACGGCAGGCCUGCUGCCUCUGGUCGCAGCGACCAUCAGCAGGUGACCAUGAGUCAAGGCGCUUGGAUUCACAUGAUCAGUCAGACAUCAAACUGCUCACACACCUUUCAGUAAGCUUUGCUUCCACAAAAGCAGAAACCACCAGAUAAUGGAAGCGCUUGGUGACCUUAUUGGGUCCAAUGAAACUACAGUGCUGACAGUUUCUCACCUUGUUCUGAAACUGUGCUGAAUCAUUAUAGUUAAAUACAUAGAGAGCUUUAUCGUCUGUCUGAAAAACGUCAUUGUGCAGAGGAGGAUAGUAACAUCUUAAAUGUUUUUACAGUGCAGUUUCUUUUUCUGAGAAGAAAAAAAGGAUGUUGUUUAGUGGGAAACCUUUCAAACGGGCCGUAAAUUACUAAAAACAAAUGUCAUGAUGCUCUCAUAUCCUUAGGCAUAAAAUUUACAAGAGUUGUUUUUAUCUAAAUGAAGAAUUGUUUAAAUAAUGUGAGAUAUCCAGCGACACAGAGAGCUGAGAGGAACUAAAGAUGCAUGUUGCAGACUGUUUUUGAAGGUUGCUAUAUUGAUGUAUUUAACUAUGAGUUUUCAUGAUGUCCUCAUAUGUCCAGAAACGAUCAUGAACAAAUAAAAAUAAUGUGUAUUUUCCUUU